UUCAAGUGCAGUGAUUUUAUUUUGGCAUCAAGUGUAGAAACAUCGGAGACUUCUUUGUCUUGUAGACAUAAAAAGGAUGAUACUAAUGGUGAUAAUUUGUUGCCUCAAGAUAAAACAGAGAAAAAUAAAAAAGUGCAUACAGUGACAAAGAAUUUAUGGGAAAAAUAUGGUAAUUGUUGUAAAGUUGUGCUAUGUAUAUUCUUAGCACUUUGUUUGGCAAAUCUUUUGUUUUUUAUCAUCCCUUUUAGUAAUUCUAAGGAUAAUUCAAAGACGGAUGUAUCAUUUGCUCAAGAAUCAAAUCUACAAAGUAAACCAUUUUUGAUAACAUACAGUAGAAGCGAUUGUGAAAAAAGAAUAAAGUAUGUAAGCAAAAAGAAGAAAAAUGAAAAAUUUAUCUCCAAAUCGGGAUCUAAUUGUUUUUACAAUUCGCAAAAAGAAAUUCCACGUAUUAAUGCAAAAGAUAGUGUUUUCCUCUCAGAAAUGUAUGAAACUGGACCGCAUUUCAAAGAAACUUUAUUUUUUGAUUACAACUUAUCUGAUUCUCCAGAAAGGAUAUCGCUUUACAAUUUUUUAAAUGAAUGGGUUUUUAAUCGUAGAAAAAAUAUAAGUAUUUUUAUGCAAUUUUUAAACAAAGAAAUACAAGAAAUUAAAAAUUGGAAAGCAAGUCUUUUUGAUAAUUUAACAGAAAAUGAUAUUUGUGAAUUUUAUAAAGCCAUUUUACCGAAUAGCUGUUUCGUACCUUCGGAUUUCUCAAUUGAUACUUUUAUUAAUGUUUUUGUAAAUAAUAUUCCGUUUGCAAAAAUGGAAUGCAACUUGUCAGAGAGUAGAAACUUGGAAUGUUUUUCUACAAAUGAAUCUACUGUUGAAGCAUGGAAAUUUCAUAUUGACAAUAUUUUUCAGAAUGACGAAAAAAAAAAUGAUUACAAACUUUCAAUUAGCCAAUGGAAUUAUUCAGUUUUUAAACUCUAUAGUUUACUAUAUAAAAAAAAUAAAGAGCUAGAUGCUACAAAAACCAAAAAUCUUCAGGAUUUAGAAUUUUUCGUUGAGAUGUUACACGAUGAGGAAGCCAAAUGUAUAGAAUACAUUAGAAGUAGAUUUGAUGCUCCUUUAGAGCAAUAUAAAAGUUUAAAGGAUUCAAAUGUUAAUGUUGACAUUCUUUUGGAUACAAUCUUUUAUGGUGAAUACCAGGAUUUUGUUUGUAAAUAA